AUGGAUUCAAAAUUCACGAAAUUCAAAUCCGGUUUUCUAUUGAAUUUCCCAGAAACGGUGAAUGAUGGAGAAAGGAUGAAGCUUUGCUGCACAGCAAUUAUCAAAUGGCAAGAUCCUCGACUUAUUUACAAUCCGAUCGACUACGAGAAUGAUACGAUCUAUUUGCCGGCGCAACUCCUCUGGACACCGAGAUUCUCCGUCUACAACAGCAUGGAAACUCGUCGCCUCUUUGAGGGUUUUGAAAACGACGUGGAAAUCGAGCCAAACGGUGUGAUCACACUGCGAAUCAUUCAGUUCACGAAAGCCGUUUGCGAGGUGCAAGUGGAAAGAUUACCCUUUGACACACAAUAUUGCGGUUUGGAGAUCACCUAUCCGUUGCAAGUCGAUAAAUAUUACGCUUUACAUGGGAUCAUUGAUCGUCGAGCCGAUUGCAGAGUGACAUUCACAGCUCAACUGAAACGAAAAACUUUCUAUUUCAUCGUUGUCAUCAUCAUUCCAUCGGUUCUCGUUUCAUCAUUCACCGUCACCGGUAUUCUCCUACCAGCCGCGCAUGAGGCUGGAUCGGAUUUGUUCCAAGUGGGUAUGUCAGCCAUGUUAUCUCUCUCAAUCACUCUCUCGGUCGUCGCCGAUACUAUCCCGCGAACGGCGAAAGUGCCAUUAAUAGCGUGUUUUGUCUUGUGCUGCCUGGGCACUGUGGCCGCUGCGGUGGCGCUUGGUUUAGCGCUGAUUCAGUUGAAAAAAAGAAGCAUCAAACGCGGCUGUUUACCGGCGAUUUUCUAUGUCAUGGCCUUCUCACUGCCACCAACGAAAAAAAGCGAGAAAGAUAAUGGAACGAAAGAGUCACUGUCAAUGAGAAAAGUUAUUUCAAGACUCUACAUGAUCUCCUUUACCCUUCUUCAGCUUAUCCUCAUCGCUUCUCUUGUCGUUUUUUUCUCGUACUCAUGGAAAACUCAAGUCCGAGGGAAGCGUCUCUUCACCUCAGAUAUCAUGGCUGAAGUGGGGAACUCAAAUGUCGGAAAUUUGGCUUCA